UUAGUAUUAUUUUAAAGUUAUUCAUAAGAAAAUUCGAGUAUGAGUGUAGCGCGCGUGCGCUGUGGCGGCCAUGUGGAGCAGCAGCAGCAGCAGCCAGACCAACAGCAGACGACGCUACUACACGCGAACCCUCACACAUUGUAUAUUACAUAAUGGCUGGUGUUCUAAGAAGAUUUGUUCCGCUGUUUGACAGAGUGUUGGUACAGAAGGCCGAAGCGGUAACAAAAACCAGUAGUGGCAUCCUUAUUCCAGAGAAAUCACUUGCAAAGGUUCUGACAGGCAAAGUUGUGGCAGUUGGAGAAGGUGCAAGAACCGAGUCUGGUUCAGUGAUCCCUCCAUCAGUGUCUGUAGGAGAUGAAGUCUUCCUCCCGGAAUUUGGUGGUACGAAAGUUACUCUUGAUGAGAAAGAAUAUCAUCUCUUCAGAGAUUCUGAACUGCUUGCAAAAAUUAAAAAGGAAUAAUUUUAGAGCAAAUUGGUUAAUAUGUAAGCUAUUUGGAUAUAAAUGUAAACUAACAUACCAGUUUAUUAGUUGGUGACUAAGAAUUCCAGGAAAUCUUUUAAGAUUUUCCAUUUAUAUUUAGGUGAAGUUUUGAAAAAUUUAUCCUCCAUUUUAUAUAAUUUUCUUAACCUGGGAUGGUGUACAUCUUAAUAUCAUUUUUGUAUCAGUGCAUCUUCAUUACUUAUAUCAUGUAUCAUCAUGUAUCAUUAGAUUGUGACAUCAGAAGAUUGUAUAUAGAAAUUAAACAAAUUUAAGUA